AUGUCGGUGUCGGCGACGACGACGUAUUCUAUUCGCAAUUCUAUACCAACCGCCAACUCGUCCACUCCUUUGAACCCCACUGAAUCCACUUCGCAAUCGUUACCCGUUGGUGCAAUAGUCGGCAUUGUUUUGGGUGUUGUCGCCCUCCUUAUCUUGAUUGGCUUGUCGCUGUUCUUUUGGUUGCGCGCGCGUCGCCAGAAGCGACUAUAUCUGGCUCAGAAACAAAUCGUGAGGCAAAGUGUUCUGGAUUAUGGAUUGUCCUCGCCCGUUUCAAUGCCGGGAUCCGCACACCUCCCACCAGCACGAAGGCUGACGGAAACCCGAAAUCGCACUGAAUCCCCAUCCAUCGUCGCUUUCUCCAUGUCUUCGUACAACUCGGUUGGUGGUAGUCCGAAGAUUGACACCGAUCCGUUCGCGCCCACCUACACGCCGACGUCGGCCGUCUUCAAACCCCCCGCUGGAGAUACAGAACAUGUUUCUGAGAAAUAG